CAUUCAUUUGGUUAGUUGUUGUUUGUCUGGUGAGCUGGAAAGACAGCUGAUGGUAGCUAGCUUGCUAACUAGCUUGCUAACUGAGAGGAAAUAUUCUGUCAAGGCUGUGUGGAAGAUGGAACCGAAGUUGUUAGCAGGCUACCAGUGUCGUUAGCUAGCUAGUGUUGAAAGAUGACAACCAGACUUCUUGCCUCAUUUAAUGUCUUGGACAACCACUCCAAGAAAGUCCUGGAUAGGCAUGCAAGGAAGAGUCGUCUGCUGAGCCAUGCCCCCCGAGGCAGCUGUGCCUCCUUCAGGAAGCCAGACCUGCCUCUGACUGUCAAUUGUGACUGGGACUUUGAGUUCCCCAGUGCUCGCAGGACCCCCAUCUCCAAACACAAGACCACCACUGACAUCAACGAGGAGCAAGAGCUUCUGCAAAACAAAUUACGGGUAUCAAAGCCAGCAACAGCAGCCUCGUCCACCACAGAAGACUCAAACUGCAGACUGAAGGAGGCCGUCCGCAGCAGGGUGAGUGUCUGCCCCUUCACCAGCCCUGAAGACCUUCCCUGGAGGAGUGUCUGCCCCUUCAGCAGCCCUGAAGACCUUCCCUGGAGGAGUGUCUGCCCCUUCACCAGCCCUGAAGACCUUCCCUGGAGGAGUGUCUGCCCCUUCAGCAGCCCUGAAGACCUUCCCUGGAGGAGUGUCUGCCCCUUCAGCAGCCCUGAAGACCUUCCCUGGAGGAGUGUCUGCCCCUUCAGCAGCCCUGAAGACCUUCCCUGGAGGAGUGUCUGCCCCUUCAGCAGCCCUGAAGACCUUCCCUGGAGGAGUGUCUGCCCCUUCAGCAGCCCUGAAGACCUUCCCUGGAGGAUUGGACACAGGACAGGAGGAGGCAGAGAAGGAGGAGGAGGAAGGUUGAAGAGGAAGAGUGUGAGGGGCGGGCAGAGAAAGGAAGUGUCUCCUGUAAGUGAUGAUGUCACAGCAGACUGUGUUCCUCUCAGCCUGUCAGAUGAGCUGAAGAGAAAGAAUGUGAGAGUGCUGACCCCUCGACCCCCUUCAGUCUCCCUCCCUCUGCCGAUAGUCAGUGAGACAUACCCUGUGGUGUGCAACAGUGAUCCGUACCAACACAAGCCCUUCACCUCCUCUGGACACCACUUCCUGGAAGACCCUAAUCCCAACCUUAACCCUAGCCCCAACCCCAGCAGGACCACUGUCCACUCUGCUAUCGUCCGCAUCACUAACUCCCUGCAGGCAGACAUCAUGGUGAGGGAGAGGAGAGAGAGAGAGAAAGAAGGGGCGAGAUGGGAGAAGGGUGAGGUGAAAGGGGAGAGGGAAAAAGAGAGCGAAACAGAGGAGAAACAGGGUGUGACAGGGACCCACAGUGUGAGCCUCUGGGUUGGUAAGGCCUCAGACCUGGGACAUUGCAACCAGCUGUCCCCCUCCCUCAAGCAGAGCCCCUCUCCUCCCCCCUCCUCCCCCCCUCCUGCCCCCUGCCCCCACCAGGCAGAAGCGGGGCAGCUCCACUGCUGUGGGUCCUGUCCUCAAUGGGAUGAACCCUAAAAUGUCUGAUCCUCAACCCUACUUCAGACCACUCCCCUCUGGAACCAGCAAGAGACUUCAGACCAGCUCUCCCAGGGAGCCAAUCACAGGCCAGACCAGCUCUCCCAGGGAGCCAAUCACAGGCUGCGCUGGUCAGAUGGACUUCCUGUUCAUCUCCAAGCCGCUGAAGCAUCAUCAUGAAGACAGCAUGAGUCCGCUGGUUGACAAGCAAUGGCCCAGUAGGGAGGACUGGCGGUUUGGCCAGAGGCACUUGGUGAUGCUGUCAGAGGAAUUGGAUGUAGAGAACAUCGGAGUUUACGGAGUCCGCUUCUUCCUGUCCCAACUCGGGAACAAGAGCCCACGGCAUUCCCCCUCCCUCUACCUCUCAGAACAUCACUCACACACACAACACACACAUGAUGUCAAAACCAAUGACCUUUCCGACUCCGGCACGGAACACACACUGAGACCCACCCUCCCCUUUGACCCUCAGCAGGCUAUCAGCAUCCCUACAGCAGAGAAUGUUCUCUUACCGUGGCACGGAACACACACCGAGACCCACCCUCCCCUUUGACCCUCAGCAGGCUAUCAGCAUCCCUACAGCAGAGAAUGUUCUCUUACCGUGAAUGGAGCAGCUAGCUAUAUAUUCUAUAACAUAGCAUUUACCUUUGAUUUUUGUAACAAUAAAUUUUCACUGUAAACUUUA